AUGCAAUUCAUCCGCCCAAUUACGGCUUAUCACCCAUCAGCAGAAAUCAAGACAAGUUCUGUGAGAUCAUUUUCGCCUUCCUUUGCCACCAAUUUAUCAUCUCAAGACUUCCCUGAAGACGAAAGAAUACAAUACCAGGGGAGAAUGUAUAUACUAAAUAUAAGCAUAAAACAAAUUAUCAUAAAUACCCCAAUUAUAGACCCUGAGUACUUCACUGAAGACCAACGACGACAUAAUACUCGGGCAGAAUAUGCGAAAGAACAGUGUCUCUGCAACCUAUCACUGCGUGAUAACUCACCAAUUAAAAAUCGAUACUUUGAGGUCACAACACUGUUAACUACAAUGCUAAAAGUCGAAUUAUCGAUUGGAAAUUUCUAUUUAACUCGUGAUAAAAAUGGAAAUAAAGUCUUUGUCAUCUCAGAGCUAAAAAUUGUGAAUAUUUCCCCUCAUCUUCACCCCAAGAGGCAUUCAUCUAUGCAGACUGAGGAAAAUAGUUUGAGAAAGGAAAAUGUUGGCUUUUGUCAAAAGAAAUCGUUUGAAAUAUCGAAGCUGGUUACCUUGACCAUCCGGCCUCGUAUAUGUUUAUUAACUGAAUCAACUGUGCAGGUAGGAGCAGUGACAGAAGCUGUAUCAACUCAAACUUUAGACGUGAGAGAAAGAAAAAACAAAGACUUACUCGUUCAUGCCAAUUUCCAAAAUUAUGAACCAAUUCCAGAAUCUAAAAAACUUCAGCUGUUGGAAAUCUUGCAGAGUAACCAGCCUUGUGAGCACAUCAAAGGGAAGAGCACUAAACAAUCACAACCCGCUGGCCCGCGAACAUUUGGUUAUGGCGAUUGCCAAAGUAGCGCCUCAAACACCGUGAAUUUCGAGGAUCAAGUAGGGGAGAAGAGAUGUAAGGAAACUAGCAUUCUGAUGGCUGCCUUUGAAGAAGAACUGAACCGCAUUACUGAUUCGAUAAAAGUCUGCCACAACUCCGGCUGUAGUCCAAAUAAACGAAGAAGACUGGACACCCGAUGUAACCCACCCAAAGCCGACCAACAUGUUUUCACCGAUGAAAUGCUGCAGAAUGCCACAAGUGAAUUAAUCAAGGAACUUGAACGAGUGAGAAUGGGAAAUAUCAGAAGGAAUGAGAUCCCUCUCUCAUCUUCAGCUGAAACUACAAAUCGGCCGAUGUUAAAAAGUUGUUUACCAAAGGCAGAGCACGACUGUGUCCUGGCGGAUGGACAGACAAAGCAUCAAGUAGAUUUAAGCAGUACCAGUAUGUGCUUGAAGAGUCAGAUUAAAACUGACUCAAGAAAAACCGUGGAAGAGGUCGACAAUCAAAAGACCCAACAAUCAAAUCAGGAGCUUGAAAAGUUCUUUGGAUAUUCUCCAAGUUGUUCGGAAGUACUUGACAGAAAAAUAGUAGGUGCCCAUGUCAUAUUCCCCAUUGAUGUGUUCAAAACCUGCGCUGAAUACUAUCAGUGGAGGAGCAUAGCAACAACUUCUGGAAUAUUUGGAGGUGGGCAAAUAAUGACUGAAAUUAUAGAUGUAAAAGUGACGUUUGAAACAAGAAAAGGAGUGCUUACUCUAGCACAGAUUCCUUCCUUGGAGGUCAUGAAGGCAGUAGCAUUAAGGUGUUAUGUUCAAGGUGGAGAAAAUCCCACUUUAAAAUUAGCCACGAGGAGUUAUUCUUUCAGUGAACCAAAACAUGAAAUGAAGCCCGUUUUUUCUAACUUUUAUUGCUUUCCAAAAGAUAAUCUGAUUUAA